CCGGAACAAGAAAAAAAAACAAUAACAAAACAACAAACAAGAGAAAACCUCAUCAGGAUGGAUUUGUCCUGCAAUGAAACAAUGAUUAAUGAUGUGGAGAAUGAAUACAAUCUUUACGUUGAUUUCCCACAAAAUGAGAAGUCAGCAACAAGUGCCGGCAAUCAGAAUCAACAACAACCAAUCAUUGCAACAACUGGCAUGGCAAAAUUAUUCUCAAAUGCUUGCGAAGAUCCGACCUUCCUCAAAGAUCGCUGUUUGAAAAAUUUAUUAACAUCUCAAAAACGAUACAAAACUCCAUCAUGUGCCUACUUCAAUACAGUUCAGAAGACACUAACACCGCAAAUGCGAAAAAUUGUCGCCGAAUGGGUUAUUGAGCUGGUCGCUCUCACCGAUAGAGUUGCAGCUGGUUGGCGAAGCGACCCGAGUACACAAUAA